AUGACCUCCAUCAUUCUCACCAGCUCCGAUGGCGUAGACCUCACGGUCGAGCGCGCCGUGGCCGAACGCUCCGUCCUGAUCAAGAACAUGCUCGAAGAUCUCGGCGACUCCGGCGAGGCGAUUCCCAUCCCCAAUGUCAACGAGGCCGUCCUGAAGAAGGUCAUCGAGUGGUGCGACCACCACAAGAACGACCCCCCGACCGUGGGCGACGAGGACGACAACCGCCGCAAGACGACCGAUAUCGAUGAGUGGGACCAGAAGUUCAUGCAGGUCGACCAGGAGAUGCUGUUUGAGAUCAUCUUGGCUGCCAACUACCUUGAUAUCAAGGCUCUCCUUGAUGUCGGCUGCAAGACCGUCGCUAACAUGAUCAAGGGCAAGUCGCCCGAGGAGAUCCGCAAGACCUUCAACAUCCAGAACGACUUUACGCCCGAGGAGGAGGACCAGAUCCGGCGCGAGAACGAGUGGGCGGAGGAUCGCUAA